UCGUGCCCGGGGCCGAGCGCCAGACGGGGGGACUCGGCCCUCCGCGCGUGUCUGCAGGGGGAGCGUCCGCACACUGCGCACUCGGCGCCCCGCCGCCCAGCCCGGGCGGCCGCUGUCCCCGCCCCGCCAGCCCGGGCCCUACCUGUGGCCGCCAUCGGGGGAGGGGUCCCCCAGCCCUGCGGAGCCGCAUGAACAAUAGGCGGCGGCGGCUCCUGCGGGCGGCGGCGGCCCCGCACCCUAUGGAUCGGCCGUUCCAUGGAGCCCUCCAGAGCGCUUCUGGGCUGCCUGGCGAGCGCCGCCGCUGCCGCCCAGCCGGGGGAGGACGGGUCGGGGGCCGCGGCCGAGGAGGAGGAGGAGGAGGAGGAAGAGGCGGCGGCGGCCUCCGGGGAGCUGGGCUGCACCGCGCAGCUGCCCUACUGGACGGCCGUGUUCGAGUACGAGGCGGCGGGGGAGGACGAGCUGACCCUGCGUCUGGGCGACGUUGUGGAGGUGCUGUCCAAGGACUCGCAGGUGUCCGGCGACGAGGGCUGGUGGACCGGGCAGCUGAACCAGCGGGUGGGCAUCUUCCCCAGCAACUACGUGACCCCGCGCAGCGCCUUCUCCAGCCGCUGCCAGCCGGGCGGCGAGGACCCCAGUUGCUACCCGCCUAUUCAGUUGUUAGAGAUUGAUUUUGUGGAGCUGACCUUGGAAGAGAUUAUUGGCAUUGGGGGCUUUGGGAAGGUCUAUCGUGCUUUCUGGAUAGGUGAUGAGGUUGCCGUGAAAGCAGCUCGCUAUGACCCCGAUGAAGACAUCAGCCAGACCAUAGAGAAUGUUCGGCAAGAAGCCAAGCUCUUCGCUAUGCUGAAGCACCCCAACAUCAUUGCCCUUAGAGGGGUAUGUCUGAAGGAACCCAACCUCUGCUUGGUCAUGGAGUUUGCCCGUGGAGGGCCUUUGAAUAGAGUAUUAUCUGGGAAAAGGAUUCCUCCGGACAUUCUGGUGAACUGGGCUGUGCAGAUCGCCAGGGGGAUGAACUACCUACAUGAUGAGGCCAUCGUUCCCAUCAUCCACCGCGACCUUAAGUCCAGCAACAUAUUGAUCCUGCAGAAGGUGGAGAAUGGAGACCUGAGCAACAAGAUUCUGAAGAUCACUGAUUUUGGCCUGGCUCGAGAAUGGCACCGAACCACCAAGAUGAGUGCUGCAGGGACCUAUGCUUGGAUGGCACCUGAAGUCAUUCGUUCCUCCAUGUUUUCCAAAGGCAGUGAUGUGUGGAGCUAUGGGGUGCUGCUUUGGGAGCUGCUGACCGGGGAGGUGCCCUUCCGAGGCAUUGAUGGCUUAGCGGUGGCUUAUGGAGUGGCCAUGAACAAACUUGCUCUUCCUAUUCCUUCUACAUGCCCAGAACCUUUUGCCAAACUCAUGGAAGACUGCUGGAAUCCUGACCCCCAUUUACGACCAUCUUUCACGAGUAUCCUGGACCAGCUGACUACCAUAGAGGAGUCUGGUUUCUUUGAAAUGCCCAAGGACUCCUUCCACUGCCUUCAGGAUGACUGGAAGCAUGAAAUUCAAGAGAUGUUUGACCAACUCAGGGCCAAAGAAAAGGAGCUCCGCACCUGGGAAGAGGAGCUGACACGGGCUGCACUCCAGCAGAAGAACCAGGAGGAGCUGCUGCGGCGUAGGGAACAGGAGCUGGCCGAGCGGGAGAUUGACAUCCUAGAACGGGAACUCAACAUCAUCAUCCACCAGCUGUGUCAGGAGAAGCCCCGGGUGAAGAAACGCAAGGGCAAGUUCCGGAAGAGCCGGCUGAAGCUCAAGGAUGGCAACCGAAUCAGCCUGCCCUCUGAUUUCCAGCACAAGUUCACAGUGCAGGCCUCACCAACCAUGGAUAAAAGGAAGAGUCUUAUCAACAGCCACUCCAGCCCUCCUGCAAGCCCCACCAUCAUUCCUCGCCUUCGAGCCAUCCAGUUGACACCAGGUGAAAGCAGCAAAACCUGGGGCCGGAGCUCGGUCAUCCCAAAGGAGGAAGAGGAGGAGGAAAAGAGGGUCCCAAAGAAGAAGGGCCGGACGUGGGGGCCAGGGACUCUUGGGCAGAAGGAGCUCACCUCAGGAGAUGAAGGAUCCCCUCAGAGACGUGAGAAAGCUAAUGGUUUAAAUACCCCAUCAGAAUCUCCACAUUUCCACUUGGGGCUCAAGUCCCUGGUAGAUGGAUACAGACAGUGGUCAUCCAGUGCCCCCAACCUGGGGAAGGGCCCAAGGAGUAGCCCAGCCCUACCAGGGUUCACCAGCCUUAUGGAGAUGGAGGAUGAGGACAGCGAAGGCCCAAGGGGUGGAGAGAAUCGUCUGCAGCCUUCACCCAGCCAGUCCUACCUCUGUACCCCAUUUCCUCGUGGAGAGGAUGGGGAUGGCCCCCCGAGUGAUGGAGUCCAUGAGGAGCCCACCCCAGUCAACUCAGCCACCAGUACCCCUCAGCUGACACCAACCAACAGCCUCAAGCGCAGCGGUACCCACCACCGGCGCUGUGAGAUGGCUCUGCUCGGCUGUGGGGCUGUUCUGGCAGCCACAGGCCUUGGGUUUGACUUGCUGGAAGCUGGCAGGUGCCAGUUGCUUCCCGCAGAGGAGCCUGAGGCACCAGUCCGAGAGGAGAAGAAGAAGCGCGAGGGUCUCUUUCAGAGGGCCAGCCGUCCUCGUCGGAGCACCAGCCCCCCCUCCCGCAAGCUCUUUAAGAGGGAAGAGCCAGUGCUCUUGCUAGGAGACCCCUCUGCCUCUCUGACACUGCUCUCUCUUUCCUCCAUCUCUGAGUGCAACUCCACCCGCUCUCUGCUGCGCUCUGACAGCGAUGAAAUUGUGGUAUAUGAGAUGCCAGUCAGCCCAGUCCAGGCCCCGCCUCGGACUCCAUGCACGCACAACCCCCUGGUCAAUGUCCGGGUGGAACGCUUCAAGCGAGACCCUAACCAGUCCCUCACUCCCACCCAUGUCACCCUCACUGCCCCUGCACAGCUGAGUGGUCAUCGGCGGACCCCUUCAGAUGGGGCCCUUACGCCAGCGGCUCUUCUGGCCAGCAGGAGCCCCUCCAGCAAUGGGCUGAGUCCCAGUCGUGGAUCAGGAAUGUUGAAAACCCCCAGUCCCAGCCGAGACCCCGGUGAAUUUCCCCGUCUCCCUGACCCCAACAUGGUCUUUCCCCCAACACCACGGCGCUGGCACACCCAGCAGGACUCUGCCUUGGAGAGACCAAAGACUCUGGAGUUUCUGCCUCGGCCACGUCCUUCUGCCAACCGGCAGCGGCUCGAUCCUUGGUGGUUUGUGUCCCCCAGCCGUGCUCGAAGCGCCUCUCCAGCCAACAGCUCUAGCACGGAGACACCCAGCAACCUGGACUCCUGCUUUGCUAGCAGCAGCAGCACUGUGGAGGAGCGGCCUGGACUCCCAGCCCUGCUCUCGUUCCAGGCGGGCCCGCUGCCCCCCGCAGAGCGGACGCUUCUGGACCUGGAUGCAGAGGGGCAGAGUCAGGACAGCACCGUGCCACUAUGCAGAGCUGAGCUGAACACACACAGGCCUACCCCCUAUGAGAUCCAGCAGGAGUUCUGGUCUUAGCAUGGAAAGGGUCGGGAAGAAAGGGGGAGCAGGAGCUGGAGGGAGCUGGCUGGCACAGCCCUUUCCCAGAGUUGGGCCCCUGAGAUCCAGCCCUACUUCUUGCACUGAUAAUGCACUUUGAAGAUGAAAGGGAUGGAAGCAGGGCCACUUCAGGGGGUCUCCUGCCCUGCAGGGCCUUUCUCCUCAUGUCCACUGGAGGAGCUGUGGCCAUGUGCUCUGGCUAUGUAGGGCAGGGAGGAGUGCAUGUAUGUCCUCCAUCCUCCAGAGUCUUCCUCCCCGUAAGGGUGACACUGCAGAGUCACUCAGCCAAACCUGUCUGCUGCCCCUUCUCCUCAGCCAGUUGGGGGUGCCCAGAGCUGUCCUGGAGUCCCUUUGUUAGCCAAGUUCACCCUCCCCACACUCCAGUAUUGGAUGUUCUGUGAUGUUGAUUCUGCUCCUCUUCCACCCUCCCCUAACACCUGUGAAUCAGAAUCUUGUUGGUGUGAGAUAUGAACUGUUGUGUGUGUGUCCUAAGCUGCUUUGUGCUAGCUGGAGGACUGAGGGCAAGGUGGCCUAGUUUGGGGGCUCCCUUGUUGAUGGACCUGGCACUAGCUACCUGUACUUCAGAUGCCCUGCCUAUUUAUUUGAGCCCGUAGGUGGUAAGGGGAACUGGCUAAGUGAGAACUGGGAGGAGGGGCAGAGUUAGGAAAAAUACAGUCAGGUUGCAAUGCAGAGGGUAGUGGAGUCUUUGUGUCCCCCCACCUCAUUUGGAAGCACUCGCUGAAGGGUAGAAACCAGCACUUACCAAAGGCCCCCAUCCACCCACUGGGGUCAGGACACUCAUGCUAGGUUCUGAUACAAGCAUAUGUUCCUCCCAGGAACAGCUUCUUGGGAGACUCACUUACUGGUGCCUGUUCAAUGUUUGUCUCUUUCGUUGAUAGGUCUUUAUGUGUUUUCCCCUCCCUUGAUCUUCCUGCCAGUCCUUGGAGUCAGUGGGCUUUUGGUCAUGUUCAAUUAGUUUAUGUCUCCACAUAGCAUAACUCAGGGGUGUCCUGAGCAGUGGGAGUUGGAAUUGUGGGGCUUCCUUCUCAGCCGGCCAUCCGUGUCAUGGUGCCCUUGAGGUGAAAUGGUGCCAUUAGUCGUACCUUCUCUAAAUGGGCAGCACGGUAGGGUGACACUGUUUCUGAGGUGCUCAGCGAGCUACUGACAUGCAGCAUCUGUUGCGUCCUGAGCUCUGGACGCUGAGCACGGCCACCUGUGUGCCGGUGCACAGCCGGCUCUCUCAGUGGGCUCUGCGCCAUAAGCUGGGUAGGAAGGAGAACAAAGACCAGCCCUGACCUGCCUGCUAUUUGUUUCCUGAACUUGAAUGGUGAACUUUGUCUAAUGCUUUCUCCUGUAUUUCUUCAUCUUCCACUAGUCUGAGGCCUCACAUACUGUAUGUGAACUGUGGUGUUUAUGUGACAAUAAUAGUGUGACCGGGAGUACAGUCCUCAGGUCGUGGCCCUCUUCCUGAAAGACUCUCGAUGCUGCUGCCCUGGAAUAUACUCUGGUGAUGUGGGAGAUCAAAGUUCAGGUUCCUUGUGUUGGCUGCUGGGAUGCCAGGAUGGGGGAGUGGUGCCACUGGCACGAGUGACAAUUUGGUCACUGCUUGUUCUCUGUUACUGUGAUAGAAAUCCUGCUGUGGGAGGACAAAAGAGGCAGCUUUGGUUUUUACGCUCCUCUUGUUUUAUGACCCACUUGCCCCCACCCCAGUCCUGGAUGCUACCAGUGUUGCCCAGAACUUUGGUAUUGUACCUCAUCUUUCUCUUGGUCCAACAGUCAGUACGUAAGAGUAUUUUUGCCCCCAUUUGCCUACUCUUUGGCUAGGAGAGGAACAAUGAAUCCUGUCUGUGGUUCUAGCCAACCCAGUGAUGACUAAUUCUUUCUUUGUUUUUUUUUUGGUACCGGGGAUCGAACUCGGGUCCUUGCGCUUGCGCAGCAGGCGGCGAAACCACUGAGCUACAUCCCCGGCCCAGUGAUGACUAAUUCUUGAUGAGGAGAAGGGGCCAAAUGGUCUGUUUUGUGUCUUUUUCCUGGCCCCUCCAAAAUCCCAGUCCCUAAACCCUUGGUUCCACUAAAUGGCUGUGAGGGAGGUUGUAGCCCACAGUGUAAUCCAAACCACGCUGGCUCUUGACCGUGUACUGGCAUGUAACAUGGAUUUUUCCUUUGCUCACUUGUAGUUUGUACCAUUUUGUUAGGUUGCAGCCAUCUUUCUUUCUUGCGGUGUAACAGAUAUGGUACAGUUUAUGAGACAGCUACCUGCCUUUGAGUGAGAGACUGAAUCCAGUUCUUACUAAUCCACCCAAGGAAAAGACAAGGGAAAGCUGAGUCUUGGCUAAGGAAAUAAUUGUACCUAAAAGAAGCAAAGGCAGGAUUAUUCUAGAGAUGCUGCCAUGAGCACACAUGAAAGCAUGGGAGUUACACAAUCUCUCAGUUUCUCCAACCUGGUCUCUGAUGCCCCCUGCCUGCUGCACUGUCUUAGGGGCAAGGGUGGAGAUGGGAUGAGGAUCUUAGUAGUAGCCAUUUGAGUGGCCUUCUCUCCACUUAGGUUCCCUUGCUGUGUGGUCAUGGUCAGAAGCAGGCCCUGAAGUUGUGGAUAAAGGACUUGGGCAGCAGUAGCUGGUCUCCCCUUUGCCCCGCACAUCCCUUUAGUCAGAGACACAGUUCUGCUCUUAGCAGGUGGUCACCACAAGGGAGAUGCUGACAGGAACCGGUGCUGCUUUCUUCCCAGUAUCCUCAGGUCCAUCAGCUCCUGCCACUGGUUCUAAACUUGAUUAUCCUCUGUUUACUGCCUUGGAGAUCCAGGCUGCUGCUAAGAGCUGAAUGGAUUUCUUAGUUACCCUUGUUAUUUCUAAGAGGCUUUGGUGGCUGCUCUUAACUUAACAUCCUUUGGCAUCUCUAGGGUCCGGGAGUAAUGAUAGUAAUAACAGCAAUGAUGUCUUAGAUUUGGACAACUCAGAAUAGUGCUGGCUUUUCCUCCUGACCUUUACAAAAUGACAUUUCCUUCAUUUAAUAUACUUGCCUGGUAUAGAAAGGGGGAAUGCCUAGCGAUGAGGAUUCAAGAGAAGAGAAAUUAAAAGGCUGUUUGAACUAAUUGCUGAAAUGAGUUUCUAGGCUCUGAGACUGAACAAGUUGGCUCUGCUCCUCCAUUCUGCUUUUGCUAUGUGACCUGGGGCUUUUCUCUUAGCCCCUCCCUGAUUUCCUUCUUUUAAAGGCCAUCAUCACAUGCUUCUUUCACAAGGGCAAUAGGAGUAGGUGUCAGAGAAGGUCAGUGAAGCACUGUGGCUCCCUGCCAGCUCCUAGAGGAAGCUUCCUUCAUCUCUGCUGGAUGACGGUGCUGAGGUUGGCCGAGGCUGUCACCACCUUUGCCUCAGGGGAUUUUGCCUUUGUUUCAUCCUUUCACUUCUGGAAGAGGAGUGACUUCCACCUGGCUUCUCAAGCCUCACGGCCCCAGGACCAGGCCCUGUGUGACCACGUUAUACAGCACCUGGUGUGGACAAGCGUCCUUUCCUAAUUCCCCCCUUUCCCUGGCAGGCAGGCCAUCCUCAUCAUGUCUUACUGGGGAGAAGAUGGGAAGUUGGUGGCAGCAUCAGAGUGACAGUUUGCCAUCUCUGAUUUCUUGGGGUCAGCUCCAGUCCUGAAAAUGACUUCUUAUCAAGAUAUAGUUGUUAGGGACACGUUCCAAAGUGUCUCUUUCAGGCAGAUUGAUGUUUUCCUAGAUCAAGAAUUCAAAUUAAUAAAAUUCCAUGUAUAAAAGGAAAAAAAUUCUGCAGUUUCUGGGGAGACUUUGGCCCUGGGCCUUUCCCUGUCAUUGUUGAGUGGGUGUUAACCAUCUCACGUGCCAGUGUUGGAAAGCAGGAGGUGGGAGCUGAAAUCCUGGUUGAUUAAGACUAAUUACUAGGUGCCUAACCAGUCCGCCCAGCCCCAAGCUUCUGGUUGGCUCUGCAGGCCAGGUGAGCUUCUCAUCAGCUUUCUUAGACUGUUUCAAAGUAUUUUCCGCUCAUCCUGGUGAGAUCACUAUCUCCCAGGCCCCUACCCCCGCCUUGCAUUUCCAGGUGUGGGUACUAGAAGCCUCCCAGCCUCCUUAGGCAGUUCUGGGAGCUCUGGCAUUGCCUUUUCAGAAAAUUGAGUUCUCUCCCCAAGCUUAAGCCUAGUCUUUCCCGAUUCUUACUGCCUCUGGUUCCCUACAGUGGGGAGCCUGCUUUGGGGUUCAAGCUGGAGAGAAGAGGCUCUGGGCCUAGCUGGUUGCCAGAGCCGAGAGGUUUUCCACACCUUUCUGUUUCCUGUGGAAACAGACCCACCUUCCCCUUGACCUGUCUUCACACUGGCUGGUCUGACCCGCCCCCUUGCAAUACCCACCACCUAGUUUUACUAGGCUGAUUGCCAGGCAUGGGCAUGACAACUACAUGGGAGUCUCAGGCUGAAAUACUGGAGUACAGCCUUUCCUACUGGACGGGCAGAGUGGAUAUCCCAGAAUCCUGAACUCUGGUAAAUGAGGGCCCCACCGUGGACAUGGUGUGACUUGCUCGGCUCUCACUGAAGUCCAAGGCCGGUUCCAGAAAUAUGUUAUCUAUAUUCCUGAAGUACUUACCCAGACACCUGCUUGGACAGAGCCUGACUUAGUAAAGUUUUGGUACUGUAUUCAUCAUGGGUAUUUUUCCAUUAAUUUUGAUUUUUUUUAGAAUAUUACAUUGAAAUAGGAUUUAUAUUUUGAUUACUGAGUUUUCUGAUACCCCUUAAAUUUUGCAUCCAAGAGUGCCUCACUCCCCUCACCCUGGUCCUAUCCUAUCCCCUAGACCUGUGAGCUGAACAGGUUUUAGGUCCCAUUGUGAAAUAGGUUAUUUUCUAGUUCCCUUCCCCUCAGGUCAUGAGUGAGGCCGGGAGCUUUCUAGGUGUGUUUGCAUUUAACUUUGGGCCUGAUACCCUUUGACCGCUCUUUGAUGUUUCCUGGAGAUCCUUCAGGCUCUCUGGAGCCCUGAGGCUCCUUUAUUGGUGUGUGUGAGUUCUAGGGAGAAGGAACAGGAUUACUUUAGAGGGAUCCUGUAGCUUCUCAUCUCAAACCUCUUUGGAACAUCUUGAAUUUUGGGAGUGAAUAAGAAGCCUCAUUGAUUCUCCCAGGUCUCAGAAGGGUGAGAAGUGAAUGGAAGCUUUUUUAUUCCCUCUCUCAGCAAGAGCUGUGAUCCCUAACACUGUGCCUACACAGCCUUCCAAACGUUGCCCGUCACACUCCCACCAGCAUCAUCUUCACUACCAUUGUUGUCUUUAUUUUACUCUUGUCAUCUAUUCUACCUCCAGUUCCAGAAGCCAUGCCAGCUAUGGCUCUUUCCUUUGCCAUUGUCAGGCAAGGCAUGGAUUUAUCUUGGCCUAGAUAUGGGGCUAAUGAUAAAUGGUAAGAAACCAGUACAUUUUUGCCACAGGGAAGGCACUGUCCCAGGGAUUUAUGUACAUGUAUUUUUUUACUCCUUAUAGUAAUUGUGACAUUGGAUAUGUAAAGUGAGGUUCAGAUGAUUAUAUAACGUGCCUAGAGUCACACAGCUGGGAAGCAAGUUGCAGAUCUGGUUGGUUCCAGCGUCAUCCCUUUCAUAGGCCACUUUUGAGGAGACCUGAGAUGAGCUUGGCCACCAGGCCCACAAAGGCUCUGAGAUCACCCUUUCCCCAGAGAGGUCCGUGUGUCCCACUAUCUGCCUGUGUGACUGGAUUCGCAACCUCCUCAGAGCUCAGCGACUUCCUCUCUACUGCUGGCUGCUUGCUCCUCCAUUUCUUCUCCAUGAUUCUUCAGGGAUUCAGACUACACUGGGCCAAAUGUGUCCAUUCUGUAGCUUGUUUCCCAGCAGCCCUGAAGGCUGUGGGCCUCCUGUUUCCAGCCCACGUUUGCCUUGUUAUUACUUCUGGUUACAGCUUCGGCUGACUUUUUAUCCCAGUCUCUUGAGCUUGGAAGCCUUAUUGUAGCUUGUGUCUGCUCCUUGGGAACUUGAAAUCAGGCUGAUGUCUUUUUGUCACACUGAGCCACAUGCCCUUGGUACUUAGCUGUAGCAAAGCAGGAAGUGACGAACUCAUUAACAUUCUCUGCUUUCUCUCCUUACCUACGCAGCACAUUCACCCACCACACACAUCCACACUCAGACAUAGAGUCUAAGACUAUAUUUUAGAGGAUUUUACAGAAAGGAGUUGGAGUUGGGUUUUACUUAGUUUGCAGAAAAGCUUUCUUUGGGAUUUUCCUUCCCCUUAGGGCCUUGGAGUCUAGGUACCUAAGUGAGAAGAAAGUUCACAUAACUAUUUGUUUUUGUCUCUCUGUAAUUAGCUUCUAGUUUUUAUCCCUAGACCUCUCCAUCAGUGUUUUAUCUGUGUGUCUGUCUUGAUCCUCUGUCCUUGAAUUCCCCUCUUGCUUAGAUAUUUAAGUUAUUGUAUCUUGUCAACAAUAUUUAAAGAUGGAAAAGUCCUGAAGGAAACGUACCAGGUUCUUUCCUUUGGCUUGCUCGUCCGUCUGUCCAUCCUUCCUUUCUUUCAUUUCUUUUUUCUUUUGUUUUUCUUUUUUCCUCCCUCCCUUCCUUCUUUCCUACUUCCUUCUUCCUGCUUCCCUCCCUCCUUCUCUCUCCUUUUUUGUUUUUUUUUUUUGAGGUACUGUAAAUUGUUAACUAGGGAUGCCAAGCAGGCUUGGUUCAUUGGCUAAACCUCUCAUUGUAUUACAGUGCAAUGCUGAUCUCAGCCUGGUCUCCACACCAGUGCACACAGAGACUUGAAUAAAACUGUUAUAAUGAUUGCUUCCA